AUGAACGGGAUGAUAAUGAAGAACGGUAAGGAGCAGGGAUAUGUAAAGAUACUGGCCAUACUUGUAGCUGCAUGGAUAAUGUAUUGCUGCUAUGUAUUGAUAACCAAGGGAGAGAAGGUGUCUUUGAAGCCAGACUACUCACCAAGCAAAUCGAGUAUUUCAGGUGUAAAAAAGAUGAGCAAGCAGGAACUGAAAGACAUGCUUGGCAGAUCCACAUGGACGUUACUUCACGUUAUAGGCUCGAAGUAUCCGGCGUUUCCGACAUCACAGCAGAAGAAGGACACGCUAAGCUUUGUGCAUCUGCUUUCGUCUGUGUUUCCAUGUGAGGAAUGCAGGAAGCACUUUCAAGGUUUGUUGGCAAUGCAUCCGCCAAGGGUGGGUAGCAACGACGAGUUCAAGACAUGGUUGUGCGAAGCACACAACAUAGUGAACAAGCGGAUAGGCAAGCCAGAAGUUGAUUGCAAAACUGUAGAUGAUCUGUGGGAUUGUGGAUGUGAGGCGUGA